AACAAAAUUUAAGGUAUUGCCCAUGUGAAAAAAACUAAAUUUUGAAGAACAUGGUAGGCGGGUCGUGCUCACAACGUCACGGGCGACCCACCCCCGCAAGGGAGAGGACUGGUCGGGCAGAGCGAAGACAGGAGGUUAGUUCAGCCGAGCGGUCAGAGGCGUAGGACCCCAGAGGUUUACUCAGCGACGCCAAGCCAGCCAUUCAACAAACACAGCACGCCGCACAAUGCUUCUGUUGUGAGUCUCCACCGCUUACAUUUGCGUUACAAUGCGUGUGGAUAUCAAAAGUAGCCCACAGUUAACAGCGUGAAGAGUACAAGCGAUUUAUUAAGUCGAGUGCCGUUAUUUGUUUUUCUUCCAGUUAACCUCGUCUUUCUCAAAGCGGCGAAUUAGUCCUAACAGCAGAUUAGUUUUCAAGUACUUUCGCUGACUUUUAAAAAACUUAAGCCAACGGAAGAAUUCCUGGAUUUCACACUGUAAAGCACUUGAGUUUAAGUGUCGUUUUGGAGACGGUCUCUCUCGUGGGGGGAGAGCCUGCAUUUGGAGGAGCUGCUGCGUUUGCCCACACACUGCCUUAAAUCAAGGGGAAUUAUUUACCGCGCUAGCCUACUUGGACUGACUGUUGUUUCCCCUCCGGCGGCAUCUGUGGGCCGUGCUGUGCGCUGAAGAGGAGUGCGUUUGGAGCCGUUGAUCCUGCGGGAUGCGAUGAAGGAGAGCUAGCGGUGGGAGUUUAUCCUCGUUCGUAUAUCUCUCCCACACGGGACAACAUAUGCCGAGGAGACUUUAGCGUCACCGCUUUUUAUCCCCCUCUUCUUCAUCCAGCAUUUUCCCUUCGCUGGUAAAUGCAUGACUGAGUCGGCAGCAUGUGGGGUUCCACCGCGCAGGUAGUGGUAGCGGUUGCUCUGUGGUGUCAGUUGGUUCUGGCGGCGUCCAGCUUGGAGAUCCCCUCGUACGACGACCAGGAGCGUGGCCAGCCGGCCAAGUGCGAGGCCAUCACCAUCCCCAUGUGUCAGGGCAUCGGCUACAACGAGACGCGCAUGCCAAACUUCAUGGGGCACGAGAGCCAGCGCGAGGCAGCCAUCAAGCUGCAGGAGUUCGCCUCGCUCGUGGAGUACGGCUGCGACCAGCACCUGCGCUUCUUCCUCUGCUCGCUCUACGCGCCCAUGUGCACGGACAAGGUGUCAGCGUCCAUACCGGCCUGUCGCCCCAUGUGCGAGCACGCUCGCCAGCGCUGCUCCCCGAUCAUGGAGAAGUUCCACUUCUCCUGGCCGGACUCUCUGGACUGCUCGCGCCUGCCCACCCGCAACGACCCGCAGGCACUGUGCAUGGAGGCCCCAGAGAACGACACCAAGGUGGAGAGCAAGAAGGGGGAGGGCAUGUUGCCUGUGCCCCCCAGGCAGCGCCCUCCAGGCGGGGGAGGAGGCAGUGGUGGUGGUGCCACCGGUGCUGGUGCUGCUAGUGGAGUAGGGGGCAGUUCCCCCCGCGUGCUGGGCUCCUGCCAGAACCCCGAGAAGUUCCAAUUCGUGGAGAAGAGCGGCUCGUGCGCGCCGCGCUGCUCGCCGGCCGUGGACGUCUUCUGGUCGCGUCGCGACAAAGACUUCGCCUUCGUGUGGAUGGCGGUCUGGUCCACGCUCUGCUUCGUGUCCACCGCCUUCACGGUGCUCACCUUCCUGCUGGAGCCACACCGCUUCCACUACCCCGAGCGGCCCAUCAUCUUCCUCAGCAUGUGCUACAACGUCUACUCGGUGGCCUUCAUCAUCCGCUCGGUGGCGGGCGCCGAGAACAUUGCCUGCGACCGGGAGAACGGCGAGCUGUACAUCAUCCAGGAGGGCCUGGAGAGCACGGGCUGCACGCUGGUCUUUCUCAUCCUCUACUACUUCGGCAUGGCCAGCUCCAUCUGGUGGGUCAUCCUCACCCUCACCUGGUUCCUGGCGGCGGGCAAGAAGUGGGGCCACGAAGCCAUCGAGGCGCACAGCUCCUACUUCCACAUGGCCGCCUGGGGGCUGCCGGCGCUCAAGACCAUCGUCAUCCUCACCAUGAGGAAGGUGGCGGGCGACGAGCUGACGGGCCUGUGCUACGUGGGCAGCAUGGACGUGGGCGCGCUGACGGGCUUCGUGCUGGUGCCCCUCUCCUUCUACCUGGUGGCGGGCACCUCCUUCCUGCUCUCGGGCUUCGUGGCGCUCUUCCACAUCCGGCGCGUCAUGAAGACGGAGGGCACCAACACGGCCAAGCUGGAGAAGCUGAUGGUGAAGAUCGGCGUCUACUCCAUUCUCUACACCGUGCCCGCCACCUGCGUCAUCGUCUGCUACUUCUACGAGCGGCUCAACGUGGACUUCUGGAGCUUCCGGGGCCUGGAGGCCAAGUGUACUCCUGCCGCGGCGGCUGUGGCCCAGGGCCUGCCCGGGCCGGGGCCGGGGGCGGCUAUGGCAGGGCGGCGCAGCGAGGACUGCACGCUGCCCGAGUCCGUGCCCACCGUGGGGGUGUUCAUGCUGAAGAUCUUCAUGUCGCUGGUGGUGGGCAUCACCAGCGGCGUGUGGGUGUGGAGCUCCAAGACCCUCCAGACGUGGCAGGGCCUGUGCAGCCGCAAGCUGGCCGGGGACAGGACUAACAGGAAGCCCUGUGGGGCCAUGCAGGUGGUGGGCUGCAAUGGCACGCACUGCCACUACAAGUCACCCGCCGUGGUGCUGCACAUGUCCAAGGCGGACCCCUACCUGGAUGGACCUGCUCAUGUGUGAAAAUAUGGGUGCUGCUUUGUGUGUGGGUGUGUGUGUGUGUGUAUGUGUGUGUGCCUGUGUACGGAAGGUUCAAGAAUUACAUGAAUGUGUGUGUGUGUGUGUGUCUGUGUGUGUGUGUGUGUGUGUGUGUGUGUGUGUGUGUGUGUGUGUGUGUGUGUGUGUGUGUGUGUGCAUUUUAUAUGCAUGUACUGUAUAUGAGUGUGUGAGGGCUGUGUUGCGUGUAUGUGUUUUUUGUAUUUUGUGUUUCAAUGCACAAAACUGCAAAAUGGACACUUUGACCUCGUUGGAGAGGGACUAUUUAACAGGAGAGUGGGGAUGAUUGGUUCAAUCCCAAAGACAUUGACAAGGGAAGCUCUCACUGAUGUAGUCAUUACUUGUUUCAAGAGGGCAUUAUAGAGCUCGUCAUUUGACAAGCUCUCUGGGAAAAGACUGAAGCGGAUGUAGGGGGAAAACUCUAGUAUUAAUUCAACUUAAACAUGCAAAAGAACAAACUCUUUAAAAAAACUUUUCAAAUAUGCAGGCUGUUUCUGAAACAUACUUAUUUGCAAAGCAAGGUUGCCUUGUGUGAAGUUAUGAAAACAACAACUUGUACUUUUUGUCACUCUUAUAAAAAAACACUUCAGUAUGUAUAAAUGUAAGAUAUAUUAUCAUUAUUUAUUGUACAUAUUUAAAUUCUGUUCGUUUUAUUUUCUGGUUUUGUCGGAUGCUUGUUAUUCACAGUUGUGUGAAGAGAUCUGAGAACCAAUUAAAAGGAAGUGCCUUUACCACACAGUAAACACGCAGUGUUAAUUCAACAUUUAGACAGUGGAUUUAACAUCUUCUAGAGUGGGUUAGGUCCAAGACUAUCCUAAGUGUUGGAUUAACACUGUUUUUACUGUGCAGUUGUUGUUCUAGGGAAAAGAAAAUAAUAAAUGC